UCUAGCUUUUCAGUCAUUGCGGGUGAACCCAACGAGGACGGAACUGAGCGUUGUGGAUCCAGGGACAGGACAACCGGUAAACUCAGCGACCAGAAUUGCGUCAAUCAAUAUUGCAGCUUCGUUUGCGAGAGAAGCCUGGAUUAGGAGCAUCAUCGUAUGCUGAUUUAGACCGCCAAGAACGUCUCUCUCGAUAGCCAAAGGCUGCAUUGGGUUACUGGAAACAUGGCGUCCGCACUGAUUUUCGUUGUACUCGGGACGGUUAAUUUUUUCGGCACAAUGCACAACAACCAAUCGUCAGUAGUUCCCGGACUAAACUUGACUUCAACCAGUAUCCUUGACCAGCUGAUCUCGCUUCGCGCUAGACGCAAUAAUUACAUUAAUUAUUGCAGAUACACAUCUGGCAUCGGCGCUCACAAGCUGCACAUCGAAACAGCCUCUUGGAAUUCGGCUCGGCAUAAUUGUCAAGAUGAAGGUGGUCACUUGGCAAUCAUUAACUCCGUGGAAGAGGCUCAAGUCAUCAGUAAACUCGUCGAUACAGCAAACAUAGAAACGAUUUGGAUCGGUGCCCACGACUUGUUUAACGAGGAUGAAUUCGUAACCAUAGAAAAUGAAUCGAUAUAUAAAGCAGGAUACAGCAUGUGGGAAAGAGGAGAGCCAAACAAUGUGGGGAAUAAGGAACAUUGUCUAGCCAUUAGAAAAAAUGGCAAGCUUGACGAUCGGAAUUGCAAACAGGCCUUCAGCUACGUAUGUGAGAUACGUUACCCCCAGGUCUAUGUAGUGAGCAGAAACGCGGAGAACCAGGAAAAAUUGGCUGAGGAAAAAACCGAAACACGCUGCUUGCGAGGCUCAUUGCUCGCCGGCCCAGUCACCAGAAGAGAUGACUACACGUACACGUCGGGUAUCGGUGGCUACAAAGUUCACACGCGAGCGGUUCUAUGGAACGAAGCUCGAAUCACUUGCGAAGAGGAAGGCGGGCAUUUGGCUAUCCUUAACUCCGCAGCCGAAGCAAAUGCGGUAACUCAGCUGUGCAAGAAGUCGCCGGCUAUCACUGGAUCACCUCUACCACAGUUUGCUGGCAUUGGGUUUCACGACCUUUAUCGCGAAGGUCAAUACGUUACAAUUCACGGUCAGACGUUGGCGAAAGCUGGAUUUACGCAAUGGGCGCCUGGACAACCAGAUAAUAUAUACGACGGAAAGCCGGAAAAUUGUGGAUCCUUGGACAAAAAUGGGGGACUUAACGAUAUUGGUUGCGAUGUUCCAAUUGGUUUUGUAUGCGAGCUGCCAGCGUAUUGACAACGAUCUGAACCGAAAGUGACUGAUCUUCAUUCGCAAACAAUGAAAGUCUAUAGCUACUAAUAUAUGAGAAUUGGCUAGAUUUCAGCCAUGAUUAUACAAUAAUAGUUAUUAAAGGAAGCUUGUUCCAAAAAUGUACUUUGAAUAAACACUUCAUACU